UUUUAAUAUUUGAAAUCCGAUAUUAGAAUGUUUGAACGUUCGCGUGAAAUCGGUUUAUUCUUCGAUAUUCGAACGCAGAUGUUUUCAUAAUAAAAGCUCUUAAAAUUCUACGAGCAAUUUUUCUAGAUUUUGCAUAAAUAUCUAUGACUGAGAAUAAUAUUUUCGAGAUGGCGACUGAUAAAACUUCAAGCGAAAUUCCUGUCAUGUCGAAUGAUGACGAUACUCGAAUUAGAUUUCAAGUCAUAAAGUGGAAUGCCAUAGCUUCGUGGAAUUGGGUCACAGAAAUGGAAAUUUGUGCCAUUUGUCGAUGUAAAAUCUCGGAUUUAUGUAUCGAAUGCUUAGCUCAGAAAGAUGAUGAAGGUGAAGAAUGUCCCGUGGCUUGGGGAAGUUGCAAUCAUGCAUUUCAUUUCCAUUGCAUUUCGCGUUGGCUGAAGAAAAGACAAGUUUGUCCUUUAGAUAACAGAGAAUGGCACUUCCAAAAGUACGAGUGAUGAAGGUCUUUUAUUUAGAAAAGUGACAAUGUGUAUUGUAUGACAUUUUGUACAAAGACGAAAUUCGAA